GACAUGCGUGAAAUCGAACUGUAAAUUGCUUCCGAUCAAGUUAGUUAGUUUGGUCCGAAUAAGCAUUUUGUGACAAAUUCAACAAUACACGAAAAUCCAAAUACUUGUGGUUCUGAAAUUAUAAAAUAUCUGACAUUACUGCUUGGAAAUGGCGGCAAUUGGAUUAAAACAAAUGUUUCUUCUCUCCGGAAGAAACAACUUGAAACCGAUCUACCAUAUUGGAAAAUAUGCCAAGCAUGCGUUUUUAAAGCACGGCAAGAGUUCAAGUUUCCAAGUUCAAAUUGGGAGAUUUUACGCUGCUAAAACUGCUCACAACCGUGAAAAGAUUCACGUGAAUAUCGGCACUAUCGGUCAUGUGGAUCAUGGGAAAACAACUCUCACAGCAGCGAUUACCAAAUAUUUAUCUGAAAAAGGAGGCGCUAAGUUUUAUUCGUAUGAAAAGAUCGACAACGCACCAGAGGAACAAGCAAGAGGGAUAACAAUCAACGCCUCUCAUGUUGGAUAUGAAACCGAACAUCGACAUUUUGGCCAUGUUGAUUGUCCAGGUCAUGCAGAUUACAUCAAGAACAUGAUCACUGGCACCUCAUCCAUGGAUGCGGCAAUAUUGGUUGUUGCGGCAACUGACGGGACGAUGCCACAGACUCGUGAGCACCUCCUACUGGCCAAACAGAUCGGAGUUGAAAACCUUGUUGUUUAUAUGAAUAAAGUUGAUGCCGCUGAUGAAGAAAUGAUUGAACUGGUUGAGAUGGAAAUCCGAGAAACUUUAACAAGUUAUGGAUUUGAUGGAGAGAAUACGACUAUCAUUGCAGGAUCUGCUUUGUGUUCAUUAGAAGAAAAAGAGCCUUCUAUUGGUCGUGACUCAAUAGCCAAGUUAUGCGAGGCAAUUGACACCGUACCAAUACCACCUCGUGACCUGACAAGUCCACCUGUGUUUCCUAUCGAUAAUGUUUAUGGAAUACCUGGAAGAGGUACUGUUAUUACUGGAUGUUUAAAGCAAGGAGUGUUGAAGAGAGGAGAUAGUUUGGAUAUUAUUGGUUUCGGAAAAUCAUUAAAAUGUUCCAUUUCAAGUAUGGAAAUGUUUCACAAAACAUUAGAUCGAGUAGAAGCUGGCGAUCAAGCUGGAGUUUUAUCGAAAGGUAUCAAACGAGAAGAAGUGCGAACAGGGAUGGUUGCUGUGAAGGCCGGCUCAAUCAAACCAACAAGAAGUCUUAAUGCUACGGUUUACCUUCUAUCUUCCAAAGAGGGAGGUGCAGACAAACCCCUUACACAUGGUAGUGAACAAAUGAUGUUCUUUAAAACAUGGGGGUGUACGUGUAGACCGGAGAUGGAGGAAUCAGAGAGAAUGGUAAUGCCUGGAGAACAAGGCAACAUGCGGUUGACCAUGCGUGUGCCUAUGGUCAUAUUAAAAGGUGAUCGAUUCACUUUAAGGAGGGGAAACACCACAAUCGGUACCGGUAUAGUCACUGACGUCACGGAAGCAGAUAAGCAAGACAAUGCUGAUUAUUUCAACCCUCAAACUGGAGGAAAAAGAGUGAAAAGUUAAAUUCAGCCAUUUGUAUUUAGAGAGAAAACAUCUCGCUUCUGUAAAUCUAUGUGUUCGUAUUGUUACUUGGUCGUUUGGCUGCAACUAAACUGUUCCCUGUUUUUAAGGCCAAUAAACUUCUCCAAAUUCGCCGUGAAUUUAACACACAUUGACAAUAUAUUUGUUUCACAUUAUA